GCCGAUGAGGCAAUACGUGCAAACGAAGACCGUUUGUUGCGGACACCCGUGUUAACACAUUCGCUGUGAUUUGUUUUGAGUGUGACGUCACUUGUGAAGUGCACCCGGUCGGGACGUUUUUUUUUUAAAUUGUGUAGUUCAUGUGCAUAAUGAGGUUGUACUCUGCGUUAUGAAUGGACUGGAACGCUGCUUUUUCGAUCAACGUGAGUCGCAACAGAAUGGAGAAGACUGCAGUUAUAGUUAUAUAAGCCUGGGCCGACUGCACCCGUACGGCUCGGGCAGCGGUUCCAGUAGCGACAGCGGUCGGCAUCGCACCCGGAGCCGCGGCCUCUCGGACUCGCCCACAGCGCCCACCACGCCAACGUCGGCCUCCGAUAACGCUUCGGACGCGACCCUGACGGACUCGGAGCUGCCUCUAGCAAGAGACUCAACACUUCUCGUGCAGAACGGUAUGCUGAGAUCUACAUACGACCGGCCUGAUCACGAACGUGAGUACAUGUUUCGAUAUGCACCGAGGAUGGACGUUUAA